AUGAGUCGAACCUUCCCGGCCGAGCUGAUCGACCCAUGCUGCGAUCCUGCGAAGCCGAUUGUCGUUGGGAUGAGCCAGAUCACCGAGGCCGCUUAUGGCAUUAGGGGCGCGGUGGAGAAGACGCUGUGCCGGUACUCGCGCGCCCUCUCCCACGCCACGGGAAUCGAGGUCUAUCUCAAGAUGGAGCAGACUCAGACGACGGGCAGCUUCAAGGAGCGCGGCGCCCGGUGGGCCCUCAUGAAUUUGACGGCCGACGAGAAGAAGAAGGGGGUGUACGCCGCCUCGGCCGGCAACCACGCGCAAGCCCUGUGCAUCCACGGCAACAAACUCGGCAUCCCAAUCACGGUAGUAAUGCCCCGACACGCGCCGAUCAAGAAGAUUGCCCAGUGCCAGCAGCUCGGCGGCAACAUCAUCGUCAAGGGCAAAGACAUUUCGGAGAGUCGCCACGUGGCCCUGACGCAAAGCCUCGAGGCCGGCGGCAAGUACAUCAACGGAUAUGAUCAUGAACAUGUCAUUGCUGGGGCUGGCACUGUUGGGCUCGAAAUUUUGGAUCAGGUGCCGGACGUCUCGGCGGUGCUGGCCAGCGUGGGCGGUGGUGGGAUGAUUGCCGGUGUGGCGACGGCGAUCAAGAAUCUCCGCCCACAAGUUGAUAAUUCCCUGGAAGCCGGCCAGCCAAUUCGCACCCCGGUGAUGCCGACCCUUGCCGAUGGUCUCGCCGUCCCACUCAUCGGCUUCAACGCGUUCGCCACCGCGCUCGGCAAAAUCGACGAGUCCAUCGUGGUAGAUGAGAAGACGAUCGGGCUCGCCAUUUUGCGGCUCGUCGAGAUGGAGAAGAUCGUUGUGGAGGGCGCGGGUGCAUGCGGCGUGGGCGCCCUCCUGUCCGGCCGCCUCGACAAGUACAAGGGCAAGAAGGUGGUCGUCGUGCUCAGCGGUGGAAAUAUUGACACCACCCAACUGGGACGCGUCAUGGAGAGGGGCAUGGCGUGGGACAACCGCCUGGUCCGCUUCAAGGUGAGCGUCUCCGAUCGGCCGUGGGGCAUCGCCGAACUCACCGAACUCGUCGCCAAGGAGGGCUUAAUGAUGUACAGCCCGAAUCCGCCGCCGCCCCCGCCGGCGUGGCGCAAGUUCACCGUCGUCCUCAUCCUGUUCGUCAUCAACCUGCUCAACUACGCCGAUCGGUUCACCAUUGCUGGCGUGCUCACCGAUAUCCAGCAGUACUACAACAUCGACAACGACAUGGGCGGCUUGCUGCAGACGGUGUUCAUCAUCUUCUUCAUGCUGUUCAGCCCCGUUUGCGGGUUUUUGGGCGAUCGCUACAACCGGAAGUGGAUCAUGGUCGUCGGGAUUUUCGUGUGGGUGCUCGCCGUCUUCGCGUCGACGUUCGUCCCGGCUGAUAAAUUCUGGCUGUUCCUGUUGAUGCGAGGGAUCGUCGGAGUGGGCGAAGCCUCGUACGCCGUCGUCUCCCCCUCACUCAUCGGCGAUCUCUACAGCGGCAAGCGGCGCUCCCAGAUGUUGAUGCUCUACUAUUUUGCCAUCCCCGUCGGCAGCGGUAUCGGCUACGUGAUCGGCUCGCAGUUGAGCGCCACCUUCGGCAGCUGGGAGUGGGGCAUGCGGUUGACGCCGGCUUUUGGGGCUUUCUGCAUCGUGCUGACGUGCCUGUUCGUCUACGAGCCCGAGCGCGGAUCCGCCGAGCCGGGCGAAACGCUGCUGCCGAAGGACCCGGAUGCGCCGAAAGAGCCGAUGGGCAACCAGAUGCUCGACUACCUCCACGAUUUGAGGAUGCUCAUGAAAAACCCGACCUACAUCUUCUCGACGUUCGGCUACACGGCACUUGUGUUCGUCACCGGCACGCUGUCGUGGUGGGUGCCGACGGCGAUGAGCCACGCGAAGGCGCACGAGCUCGGGCUCAACUCGACGGAUCUGCUGUCGGAUGAGUACAAAUUGGACAUCAACCUGAAAUUCGGCACCGUGACGAUUGCCGGAGGGAUUGCCGGCGUCUGCAUUGGUGCCCUUCUGGCUGAGAUGCUGCGGCAGGGCCAGCUGUGCUUCCGCUUCUUCAAAACGGAGCGCGCAUGCCCGAUCAUUUGUGCGAUCGGAGCCCUGAUCGGCACCCCGGCCCUGUUCAUCGCCAUGCACGUCAUCGGGCACUCGGAGACGGAGAGCUAUGCACUGAUGUUCAUCACGAUCACGGGUCUCUCCUUCAACUGGUCGAUCAACGUCGAUUUGUUGAUGAGCGUCGUCGUCCCCUGGCGGCGCAACUCGUCGAUCGCCUGGCAGAUCCUCAUCUCGCAUCUUUUCGGCGAUGCCGCCGGCCCGUAUCUCAUUGGAAUGCUGUCGGACCGUUUCCGCGGCGCGCAGACGUCGCCGUGGAGUCGAUUCGUCUCGCUGCGCACCGCUUUCUACAUCCCCAAUGCGUUCUGUAUUCUAUCGGUGCUGCUGUUCUUCAUCGCCUCGAUGACGGUGCUGCGCGACCAGGCCGUCUACCGCCGCGAGAUGGGCCAUCCCUCCCCGGCCCCGAAAAAGACGGACCGCGAUCUGCUGCUACAAGAA